AUGUCGGAGAAUGAAGAGAGUUCUGGGUUGACUCAGACGAACAGUCAGGACUUGUUGAUGUCGGAGGUGCACUUGGGGCGACAGAUUUGUAACGUUUUGGCUUGUGAAGGCGGUGAUAGAAUGAACUCGGCUGGGUUUAACGCGGCUCAUCUGGGGUCUAACGCAUUUAGGCAGGCGAGUAUGUUGUUGGCUUUGUUUGCCGGAGGAGAUGGGUACAGAGUGGAGGAGAACAACGGGUGUCUCAUGCUGGGUUGGCACACUCGGCCUCUUAUCACCACCUCCGCUUGGCAACUCAGCGGCGGCGAGUCUUGA